AUGUCAAAGAUUGCCUUGGCGACUCUGGCCACGCUCCAGGGCGCCCACGCCUGGGGAGUCCUGGGCCACGCAACCGUCGCCUACGUGGCCCAGCACUAUCUCAACGCAGCCACGGCCUCAUGGGCCCAGGGAGUCCUCAACGACACGUCCAGCUCGUACCUGGCCAGCAUCGCCUCCUGGGCCGACACCUACCGCACCACCGCGGCCGGCAAGUUCUCGGCGCCCUUCCACUUCAUCGACGCCCAGGACAGCCCGCCCAGCUCGUGCAACGUCGACUACGACCGCGACUGCGGCAGCGCCGGCUGCUCCAUCUCCGCCAUGGCCAACUACACCCAGCGCGUGGGCGACGGCCGGCUGUCCGCCGCCAACGUCGCCGAGGCGCUCAAGUUCCUGGUGCACUUUGUCGGCGACAUGACGCAGCCGCUGCACGACGAGGCGUACGAGGUCGGCGGCAACGACAUUGCCGUCAAGUUCCAGGGCUACAACGACAACCUGCACGCCGACUGGGACACGUACAUCCCCGAGGCGCUCAUCGGCGGCGACUCGCUGGCGGAUGCCCAGUCCUGGGCCAGCUCGCUCGUCAGCGACAUCGCCUCGGGCGCGUACAAGUCGCAGGCCGCGGGCUGGAUCAAGGGCGACACCCUCGGCGAUGUCAUCGGCACGGCCACGCGCUGGGCCAGCGACGCAAACGCCCUCGUCUGCACCGUCGUCAUGCCCAACGGCGUGGCGGCCCUGCAGCAGGGCGACCUGUACCCGACCUACUACGACGCCGUCAUCGGCACCGUCGAGCUGCAGAUUGCAAAGGGCGGCUACCGCCUGGCCAACUGGCUCAACAUGGUGUACGCGUCCAACAUUGCGAAGCGCGAGGCGGGCUCUGUCGACGCUCGGGAUGCUUCGCCUCUGCCUGACCUCUUGGGGCGAGACUUGCUGCCGGCUGCUCGCCCUGCUACCCGCGCUCAGCUUGCGAGGGCGGCCAUGGAGGGUUCGUGUUGCGGAAGUGGUCGGGAGCACGAGCACAAGCACUAG